UUCUUUCCCCUGAAAUGUGUCAUUGUCUUCUGGCAGUAAGAGAACGCGGUCAGUGACAUGGUGUGAGGGACAGCAGAAGUUUGGCUAUGGAGUUGUUUCCUGUUCUUCCACUACUUUGGCUCAGUUCGCUGGCUCUUUUGGGGCCACAUGACGCAGGGGCAGAGGGCAACAGUUAUGAUAUGUGCGAGAUCGAGAUUGACUCUGAAGAGCUCCACAUUAAAAAUUCUACAGGAUACGAUGAUUCUGUGGACGAGUCAGAAAACCUCUUUAUUUGCCUCCUUUACCCAUCAAAAAACCUCAGCUGCUCCUGGUCAUCCCUCACUACAGAGAAGAAUGCUCAUCUCUCUGUAUCUGUCAGUGUUUGUAGUAACUCAGAAAUUCAGUCCAUGGAGUAUUCCUCUAUGGAAACAGUCGGAUCAAUGUCUUGGACUCUCAACAAUACUGAUUUCCAGGAAGUAAUCUUCCUCUGUAACAUAUCUCACAAUGACAAGUGGACGUCUUACACCUUCUCGAAGGAAAAGGGCAUGAUAGAGGUCCUGUCUCCUCCCACAAACGUUUCUGCAUCAGUGAAAGACGGAGACCUGUAUGUGACGUGGGUUCUGAUGAACAGAACAGAAAUCUUAAAUGAGGACUGUUAUGAAUCCGAGCUGUACAUAGAUGAUCAGGAAAGACCUCAAAUCAUCAUUGGCAAGCCGUUCUAUAAAAAGCCGAAUGCAGAUCCCACUCACACGUACCUCCUGAAAAUCAGGACAAGACUAUCCCAAAAUUGUUUCGGAUGUUUUCACUGGAGUGACUGGAGUUCAACUGUUACGGUGGAACCCUCGGCUUACAAGUACAACCCUCUGGUGAUCGUCUUGAUCUGUCUUGGAGUACCCAUGAUCCUUCUGGCUGUGCUGCUACUGAUUCGCUAUCAGAGGGUGACCAAAGUUCUGUUCCCUGAGAUUCCUCGACCACCUGAAAAGUACAAAAACUUCCUGGAAAAAUAUGAUACGUUAACUUUCUUUCAUCCGGUUCUGACUGCAAAGCCAGAGGAAGAGAUCACAGAAGUGGAAGACGUCUAUAUUUUUAAGAAUGUUUCCAUUCAAGAGAUUCCUGAGAUGAUGGAUUUAAAGCGUAUGUAAAGUGUGUCUUGAUGCUUAUUGGAGUGGAUAUUUUGACUUUUGAUCUAGCCUUGUAGUCCGUAGAAAGCUGGCUCAUAUUUUGUGUCUCUGUUUUCAUUAAGUUGUGCGGGGCAAUUUAUAUGGCAUUCUAACGUUGUGGGCCCCUUUUUGCAUUAUUACAUGGCUUCAUAUUAGCUUGAUACAAGUAGCUGACUGCUGUGGUUUGUUGCUUGAUGACUGCCUUGCUUUUUAUGACCCGUUUUGGUUGAAAACUAUCACCUCUAUCUAGUAAUACUAGUAAUUUACUAGUAAUAGUAAAAAAAUUAUUAAAGACCGAGGUGCAAAUGUCGUAGGGAACACUGUAGAAAACGACAAGCUUUGCAGAUUGACUGUCACACCUGUGUUAAGCCUGAGCUGAAUCCGAAAAAGCGCUCAUCUAUUUACUGAAACAUGUCAGGUGUCAGGAUUUCUUAAAACUCAAGGGGCUGAUGGAUUAAAGGUAUUAGUGCCAACUGA